CUGACAAUGAUUUAUGAUCUUAGAUUAAUUGUAUCGAUUGCUUGGGUAGCACAUAUUUAUCAUAUAAUUGUAUCUUCUUUCCUGAAUGAGAUCUUCAUAAAGCUGGACAGUGUUUGGGGUCUGCUUGGGACUGCUGCUUUUGCAUUCUUCUGCUAUCUCCUCAUCGCAGUGAUUGCUGGAGAAAUGAUGCUUGGCCUGAAAUUAGUUUUCAUCAGCAUUCACCCAAUGAAAUGGGGAGGAACGUUGAUGAACUCUUUUCUGUUUAAUGUUGAACUGAUCCUACUUUGUUCCAUCAGAUGGUGCAAGUACAAAAGGUGCAGAAGAUUGUAUGCCCGAGUGAUGCUUGCUUAACCAAACUUCAUUUCUUACUAAGAUGGAUUAAGCCUGAGUGGAGGUAGUAGUUGUGUGCAGGGUUGAUGUGUGCAAGCUAGAAGCUAAAAUUUGAAUUGAGAUAUGUUAUUAUUCAUGCCUCCACUUUCUCAGAUAUUUUAGUUUAUAGGAAGAAUAAUAGCAGAACCAUUUCUUGUUGCCACGCAUUGAAGGA